GGGUUGCGAUUGUGAAGGAAAAUAAGUAGGGUGAACUGGUGGGAAACCGAAUAGCUACCCCUCUCUUCUCUCUCUUGGGGUUGAAUUGUGUAGGUUACGUAUGCGUGAACAUCCCCAAAUUUCAGAGCUGCGAGCCAAAUUCCACGGUCAAAAUCCCAACUUCGAAUUGGGCAUUGGAGACUCAGACGACAAUCUCAGUUCCGAAAGUGAAAUCUUGAGUUUACGCUGGUAAAUUCCCACGGAUUGCUGUAAUGUGAAGUGAAAUGAGAUCAUGGAGGUGAAGAGAGUCAUAGCAAUUUGUCAGUCGGGGGGUGAAUUCUUUACAGAGAAAGAUGGUACAUUGUCAUAUAGGGGCAAAGAUGCUCAUGCUAUUGACAUUGAUGACCAGAUGAAGUUUGAUGAGUUUAAAUUGGAGGUCACAGAAAUGUUUGGUUGCAGCUACAAUAACAUGGUCAUCAAGUACUUCCUCCCUGGCAACAAGAAGACCCUGAUUACUGUUUCCAAUGACAAGGAUCUCCAGCGCAUGAUCAAAUUCCAUGGUGAUUUUGCAACCAUUGAUAUUUAUGUCAUGGAGGAAGUAGCUCCUCCUGAUGUCUCGAACAUGCCUCCCAGUAGGUCGAGCAGAACAACUCUGUCAGAAACUGUGGUUCCAGUUGAUGCAUCUCUUGAUGUCGUGGACUUUGUGGGUGAUACCACUCAGCCUGAUAUCCCACUUGAUGCUUCUCUUGAUGUUGUCGAUGGUGCCAGCCCUAUUGAUGCACAUAUUGAUAUACCCACCGAAAUAUCACCCAUUUUUCCUCUUGUUGGCCCUAGUGGUGAGAAGCAUGCUAAAGGUGCACACCAGUGGCAGAAUGCUAUUACGGGUGUGGGCCAAAGAUUCAGCAGCGUUCAUGAAUUUCGUGAAUCAUUGCGCAAAUAUGCCAUUGCGCAUCAGUUCGCCUUUAGGUAUAAGAAGAAUGAUAGUCAUCGUGUGACUGUGAAGUGCAAGGCUGAAGGCUGCCCUUGGAGAAUUCAUGCAUCAAGGUUGUCGACAACUCAGUUAAUAUGUAUCAAGAAAAUGAAUCCAACACAUUCCUGUGAAGGUGCUGUUGCAACUACAGGGCAUCAGGCGACGAGGAGUUGGGUGGCCAGUAUUAUCAAGGAGAAGUUAAAAUAUAUGCCCAACUAUAAGCCCAAGGAUAUUGUGAACGAUAUCAAGCAGGAAUAUGGUAUACAGCUAAACUACUUCCAGGCCUGGCGUGGGAAAGAAAUAGCAAAGGAGCAGCUUCAGGGUUCGUACAAAGAGGCAUAUAAUCAAUUACCAUUUUUCUGUGACAGGAUAAUGGAGACAAACCCUGGUAGUCUUGCUACUUUUACCACCAAGGAAGACUCCAGUUUCCAUCGCCUCUUUGUCGCAUUCCAUGCCUCAUUGUAUGGUUUCCAGCAAGGUUGCAGGCCUCUCCUUUUCCUGGAUAGCAUUCCCUUAAAAUCAAAAUAUCAAGGCACAUUGUUGGCUGCAACAGCUGCUGACGGGGAUGAUGGGGUAUUCCCUGUUGCUUUCACUGUGGUGGAUGCAGAAACUGAUGAUAAUUGGCAUUGGUUUUUACUACAGUUGAAAUCUGCAUUGUCAAUAUCUUGUCCUGUGACAUUUGUGGCAGACAGACAGAAGGGAUUGAAGGAAUCAAUUGCGGAAAUAUUUAAAGACUCAUAUCAUGGCUAUUGCCUGCGAUAUUUGACCGAGCAACUUAUCAGGGACUUGAAAGGGCAGUUUUCUCAUGAGGUCAAGCGGCUGAUGAUUGAGGAUUUUUAUGGUGCUGCUUAUGCACAUAGGCCUGAAAACUUCCAAAGUUGUCUUGAAAGCAUAAAAAGCAUCUCAUUGGAGGCUUACAAUUGGAUCAUACAAAGUGAGCCCCAGAAGUGGGCGAAUUCAUUCUUUCAAGGUGCUAGAUAUAACCAUAUGACAUCCAACUUUGGUGAGCUGUUCUAUAGUUGGGCAUCAGAUGCACACGAGUUACCAAUAACACAGAUGGUUGAUGUGAUCAGGGGUAAGAUUAUGGAGUUGAUCUACACAAGAAGGGAAGGAUCUAAUGAAUGGUUGACAAGGCUUACUCCAACCAUGGAGGAAAAGCUAGAAAAGGAAACUCAGAACAUCGGAAACCUCCAAGUGCUAUUGUUGACUGGUAGCAGAUUUGAGGUUCAUGGUGACACCACUGAAGUUGUUGAUGUUGAUCGCUGGGACUGUAGUUGUAGAGGGUGGCAGAUAACUGGUUUACCAUGCUGUCAUGCAAUUGCUGUCAUUCGUUGCAUGGGCAGGAGCCCAUAUGAUUAUUGUUCAAGAUACUUUACCACUGAGAGCUAUAGAUUGACAUACUCAGAACCAAUAUAUCCUGUUCCAAAUGUAGACAUGCCUGUGACGAAGGCUUCUUCUCAAGUACUAGUGACUGUAACGCCUCCACCCACCCGGCGUCCACCAGGCAGGCCUACUACUAAGAAAUAUGGAUCACAAGAUAUGGCUAAGCGUCAACUCCAGUGCAGCAGAUGCAAGGGUCUUGGGCACAACAAGUCCACUUGUAAAGAGUGAUUGUAGAGUAUUAGAUGCCGGGAUUGCAUCCGAGAGGGCGAUGGCAAGGGCAUCAUCUGUACUAGAAGCAGCUCAAAUAGAUAGUGGGAUGUGUUCCCGAAUGUAUGUGUUAGUAGACAUGCUUAUGUAAAUUAUUCUUCGUUUUCAUAGUUGUAUUGCUAACCAGGAUAUUUGGUAGUUUAACUUUGGUAAAUGAAUGUGAUUUACGUUAAUUUACUAAGGUAUUAGGUGGCGGAUGUUGUUAGAGUUACUUGAAGUUGAAGGUGCCAUGGAAGUUGGAAUUGGAAUUUGGCAUCCAAUCAUUUUGUAGGUUUGGUCUUUUUGUCUUGUAAAUUAUCCUUUUGGUCAGCUGGCCAAUGUUUAAUUCAUUUAUACGAAGACGUUGAGCGUUUAGUUUGAA